AUGUUUUCCAAAACAGAACAGCAACAAAGAAAGCAAAAGGGAGAAUGGUUAUCAGAAAGUUUCAAACCAGAGAAUUUCAUUCCAGGUUUUGUUAUAGGUUUUAUUUGUGGCAUGUUGAUUGAUUUAACAAAGCCAACUAGAAAUCACUUAUCCAAAAAAAUUUUCUCAUCUAACAAGCUUCAACACCAACUCUCACUCUCAAGUAAUGCUGAUCAAGAACUUAAAAUGGUUCUGGUUGUUAGGCAAGACCUAAAGAUGAGAUCCGGAAAGAUUGCGUCUCAAUGUGCUCAUGCUGCGACUGGCAUGUAUGCUGAGUUAACACAAAGCAACCGGUCUCUUUUAAGACAUUGGGAACAGUGCGGCCAGCCCAAAAUUGUUGUUACUUGCAAGAACCAACAAGAAAUGAAUAAGCUAAAGGAAACAGCUGAGAGUGUUGGCCUUCCUACUUUUGUUGUCGCGGAUGCUGGACGAACACAGGUUUCGGCAGGAUCAAAGACUGUUCUUGCUGUUGGACCUGGGCCAAAAGCAAUUGUGGAUUCGGUGACCGGAAGGUUGGCUCUGUUAUGA